AUGUCUUUUCUUUUGUUUUUUUCUCUCUCUUUUUUUUUUCUCUUUCUUUUUUUCUCUCCCCCUUUUCUCUUUUUUUCUCUAAAAAUUUUUUUUUUCUUUUUCUCUUUUUUUUUUUCUUUUUUUUUCUUUUUUUCUUUUUUUUUUCUCUUUUCUCUUCCCCCUUUCUUUUUUUUUCUUUCCCCCUCCAUUCUUUUUCUCUCUCAUUUUUUUUUUCUCUCUUUUUCUUUUUUUUUUUUUUUUUUUCUUCUUUUUUUUCUCUCCCUUUUUCUCUUUAUUUCUUUUUUUUUUUCUUUCUCUUUUCUUUUCUUUCUCUUUUUUUUCUUUUUUUUUUUUUCUCUUUCCCCUCUUUCUUUUUCUUCCCUUUUCUCUUUCUCUUUCCUCUUUCUCUUUCUCUCUCCCCUUUUCUCUUUUCUUUUUUUUUUCUUUUUUCCUUUUCUCUUUUUUCUUUUCUCUCUUUUCUUUUCUCUUUUCUUUUCUCUCCCCCUUUUUCUCUCUUCUUUUUUCUCCCCCUUUUUCUUUCUUUUCUCUCUCUUUUUUCUCUUUCUUUUCUCUCUUUUUUUUCUUUCUCUCCCUUUUCUCUUUCUUUUCUCUUUCUCUUUUUUUUCUCUUUUCUCUUUCUUUUCUCUUUCCCUUUUUCUCUUUUUUUUUCUCUUCCCUUUUCUCUUUCCCUUUUCUCUUUCUCUUUUCUCUCUCCCUUUUCUCUUUCCUUUUCUCUUUUUUUCUUUCUCUUUCUCUCUCUUUCUUUCUUUUUCUUUCUUUUUUUCUCUCCCUUUUCUCUUCCCUUUUUUCUCUAUCCCCUUUUCUCUCUUUUCUUUUCUUUUUUCUCUCUCUCCCCUUUUCUCUCUCCCCUUUUCUCUUUUCUCUUUUCUCUCUCCCCUUUUUCUCUUUCUUUUUCUCUCUCUCUCUCCCCCUUUUCUCUAUCCUUUUUCUCUCUCACUUUUCUCUUUCUUUUUCUCUCCCUUUUUCUCUAUUUUUUCUUCUUUUUUUCUCUCUCUCUUUUUUCUCUCUCUCUUUUUCUCUCUCUCCCCUUUUUCUCUCUCUCCCUUUUUCUCUCUCCCCUUUUCUCCCUCUAUUUUUUUUUCGUCUUCUUUUUUCGUCUAUCUUUUCUUUUUCGUCUAUCACUUUUUCGUCUAUCACUUUUUCGUCUAUCACUUUUUCGUCUAUCACUUUUUCGUCUAUCACUUUUUCGUCUAUCACUUUUUCGUCUAUCACUUUUCUCUCUCUCUCCCCUUUUUUCUCUCUCUCUCCCCUUUUUUUCGUCUAUCUCUUUUCUCUCUCUCUCUCCCCUUUUUGUCUAUCUUUUUUUCUCUCUCCUAUUUUUUCGUCUCUCUUUUUCUCUCUCUAGUUUUUUUUCGUCUAUCACUUUUCUCUCUCUUUUUUUCUAUCCUUUUUUCUAUCACUUUUUCGUCUCUCCCACUUUUCGUCUAUCCCUUUUCGUCUCUCCCAUUUUUCGUCUAUCUCUUUUUCGUCUAUCCUUUUUCGUCUAUCACUUUUUCUCUCUCUCCCCCUUUUUCGUCUAUCACUUUUUUCGUCUCUCUCUCCCUUUUUCGUCUAUCCUUUUUUCUCUCUCUCUCUCCGUCUAUUUCGUCUCUCUCUCCCCUUUUCGUCUCUCUCUCCCCCUUUUUCGUCUCUCUCUCCCCCUUUCUCGUCUCUCUCUCCCCCUUUCUCGUCUAUCACUUUAUUUUCUCUCUCUCCCCCUUUCUCGUCUAUCACUUUAUUUUCUCUCCUCUUUAA